AUGGCCUCCGUUAACAAACGCGACAAUGACGAUCUCAGCCAACCGCCCUCUCCCAAACGUGUCAGAGUCGACGAAUCAGUUGCAGAAGACAAGGCGCAUGAUAGCCCGCAGACGCUGGACAGCAUACUUCCUCCAAGUCACGCUCUUCUAGGUCUUCCACCCACAGGAGACGCACUCGGUGUUCAGGUCUCGGAGAAGGAUGUUGGCAUAUCCGAGUACAUUGGACACGACGUCGCUCCAAUUCAUGCAAUUAUCAAGCAAAGGUUUACGGACUUCCUGGUGUAUGAGGUGGAUUUGGACCAUGAGGUCGUCCACUUGAAGUCGCUUGCAAUGCCAUCUUCAGCCAAAAAGGUUGGUGCAGAGAGUGAACCUGCCGUGGCGACGUCUGACGUGAAAACCGAGGGGACACACAGCGAGGUCGUUCCCGCAAACGCAACCAAAGCAAGCGAAGCGCUAACUGUACAAGAAGUGCUUGCUGAAGAAGACGUGAAGGAGAAGGAAGAUAUCCCUGAAGACGAGAAUCCCUCAUGGAAAGCCACUUAUGCGGAGAACUUGGCCCGUUUCCUCUCUGACGAGUCUAUCGGUCAACUCAAACAAAUGUACGAGGAAGGUCCUGAGCCUCCUCGGAUUAGUGACAAUGGAUGGGUGACCAGGCCCGCUCAGGUGGCUGAUGUUGAAGGGCCUGCACGGCCCGUAGAUGCUCCCGCAGAGAGCGCAGAAGCGGAAGCGCCAAGUUCCCGAGGAAAGCGAAGUGGAGACCGUGGUCGAGGUCGUGGACGCGGCCGCGGCGGUCGGGAUAAGAGGGGUGGGCAAACUAGGGAAGACCCUCGUAAAAUCGUUAGCAAGCCGAUGGAUGACAAAGCAGAGCGUACAGCUUUGCAUAAAGCCAUUCGUGAACUAUUCGGUGGCAAGUUGGAGAGUCAGACCGACACGACGUCCAACGAUGAUGAAGGCUCUCGUAUUAUGAUUAAGUGGGCACGAGUGGGUGGCGGUGGUGCUCGGGGUGGUGCCCGCACUGCCAGGGGUGAGCGCGGCGCGCGUGGAGAUUAUCCUCCGUACAUCCAUUUUACCCUCCAAAAGACCAAUCGCGAUACUCAAGAUGCGCUAGCCUACAUCUCACGGACCAUACAUUGCAAUGUUAAAGACCUUUCUGUCGCGGGUACCAAGGAUAAACGAGGCGUAACCGUUCAGCGCGUUUCCUUGCGACGCGGUAACAGGUCCGUAGAAGAUAUCUGGAAGGCGGCUCAUCAACUCGGCCGGCGGUCAAUGGAGGAGGUUCUUUCACAGCGUGGCGAGCGAGGUGUCAGGAUUGCGGACUUGAACUACCGAAAAGCUGGCCUUGAGCUUGGCAUGCUGAAAGGUAAUGCUUUUGUCAUUACUUUGCGGGGCGUGCAAGUUGAUUCUAUGGAGACCAUUGACAAGUCACUGAGUGUUCUUAAGCACAAAGGUUUCAUUAACUACUAUGGUAUGCAGAGGUUUGGCACCGCUGCGGUGCCCACCCACUCCAUUGGCCUAGCAUUUCUAAAGUCAGAUUGGCAUAAAGCGGUGUCCCUGAUUUUGCAAAAGAGACCAGGCGAACAUCCCGACGUAGAGGCAGCUCGCGAUGCAUGGCUCACAGAUGGUGACUUGGAUCGAGCACUUGCAUUGAUGCCGAGACGAGUUGUUGCAGAGCGUUGCGUUCUUGAAAGCUUCAAAAAGCAGAAGGGUGAUACUCGUAACGCGAUGGGAGCUUUGUCAACUAUUCCUCGCAAUCUGCGCCUGAUGUACAUCCACGCAUAUCAAUCUUAUGUUUGGAAUGCCAUAGUAUCAGAACGCAUCCGAAUUCAUGGCUGCGACAAACCGGUGCCCGGAGAUUUGGUGUUCACGGCUGAAGGCGGCAAAGUCUUGGAGUCAGAGGGCGAAGGUGACGAAAUGCGAGUAGACGAGGACCUUGCAGCGGAUCAAACCAAAGAGCCUGCUAGCUCGCGUGAACGCAAACGGGCGGCCCGCGCAAAAUGGGAGCCACCAAGUGUGAAAACUCUCACAGAAAGCGAUGUCGACCAGUACUCCAUCUUCGAUGUGAUCAUGCCGUUGCCUGGACGAGAUGUCUCGUACCCAGGGGGUAAGCUGGGUGAUCGCUACCGUGAAUUUCUAGUAGCAGAUGGGCUGGACCCUGACAACUUUAUCAGGAAGCAGAAAGAGUACACGCUCAAUGGAUCCUACCGCAAAAUUCUUCAACUGCCGAAAGAUAUUUCUUGGUCUGUCCUUAAGUACACGGAUCCAGACGUCCCCCUCGCUCAGGCGGACGAAGACGCUCUUCUCGGGUUUGAUGCGCCAGCGGUGGAUGAGAACGGCAAGUUCCUUGCUUUGCAAGUGAGACUGACACUGGGCACGGCUGCGUAUGCAACGAUGGCCUUGCGAGAAGUCACCAAAAUGGACACAAGCUCUCACUUCCAGAGUGGACUCACAUUAGCUUCAGAGGAUCAGAAGUUCCGUGGCCUAGGCGACGAUGAUGAGGCUACCAAAAAGGAUCUUACCGGGGAUGUGGAUUUAUCUGAGCCUUAGGUGACUCCAUUGAUUUACCUGUGGAUUACCGGUCCUUGGUACUUCAAUCCUUGUAAAACAAAGUAGCAGACAAGCAUCGCGGACAAUAUAUGUGGAUUUGUCCUUGG